CCGCUGUUUGCGUUUGCAGCUUGCCAAGAAGCUCAGGCUUUGGACAGACAUGCAGUACUGACACACCUACAGACAGAGAGACCUGACGGACAGAGUCCAGCUGGCUAGUCAUGGCAGCAGCAAGCGGAACAGAUGUGUGAGGGACUUUGAUCUAGAGCGCCCGCAGCUAUUUUGGAGUCUGGACGUCCCGUCGUACUGGAUUCAGCUCUCCGUACGGCAGGUGUUGUUUAAGAGGCGGCCAGCUUGACUGAUUCUGGGUCCUUCCCUCCCCCGUGCACCCCCGUAGUACCUCACCCCACAUCUGGCUGGUGCUCCAGCCCACGUUCAGGUCAUCUCUGCAUCAAGGCUGGCAAUGUCCAGAGCCCCGAGCCCCCCUCCUCCGGCGGAAAUGUCCAGUGGUGCCGUGGCUGAGAGCUGGUGUUGUACUCAGAUCAAAGUGGUGAGGUUCUCCUACAUGUGGACCAUCAACAAUUUCAGCUUCUGUCGCGAGGAGAUGGGAGAAGUCAUCAAAAGUUCCACUUUCUCCUCUGGCGCCAACGACAAACUCAAAUGGUGUUUGCGUGUGAACCCUAAAGGUCUGGAUGAGGAGAGUAAAGACUAUCUGUCACUUUACUUGCUCUUAGUCAGCUGUCCAAAAAGUGAGGUGCGCGCCAAGUUUAAGUUUUCUAUCCUCAAUGCCAAGGGAGAAGAGACCAAAGCCAUGGAGAGCCAGAGAGCGUACCGUUUUGUGCAGGGGAAGGACUGGGGUUUCAAAAAGUUCAUAAGGAGGGACUUCCUGCUGGACGAGGCCAACGGUCUGCUGCCCGAUGACAAAUUAACACUUUUCUGUGAGGUGAGUGUGGUGCAGGACUCUGUGAACAUCUCGGGUCAGAACUCGAUGAACACGGUGAAAGUUCCUGACUGCAGGCUCGCCGAGGAGCUCGGAGAUCUGUGGGAAAACUCUAGAUUCACAGACUGCUCCGUGUGUGUCGCCGGGCAGAAAUUCCAAGCGCACAAAGCCAUCCUCGCAGCUCGUUCGCCGGUUUUCAGUGCCAUGUUUGAGCACGAGAUGGAAGAGAGUAAAAAGAACCGUGUGGAGAUAAAUGACGUGGAGCCAGAUGUCUUCAAAGAGAUGAUGUGCUUCAUCUACACAGGCAAAGCCCCCAACCUGGACAAGAUGGCCGAUGACCUGCUGGCUGCAGCUGACAAGUAUGCUCUGGAGAGACUGAAGGUGAUGUGCGAGGACGCUCUGUGCACCGGUCUGAGUGUGGAGAACGCCGCGGAGAUCCUCAUCCUCGCCGACCUGCACAGCGCCGACCAGCUCAAGACGCAGGCCGUGGACUUCAUCAACUGGUGA